GUUGUAUAAAAAAGCUACAUAUAUCGUUCAUUUUCUACUUCUUAGUUCACUCAUCUUUGUGUCAAAAAAAAAAAAUCACUGAUCCAUAUGAAACUUCAUCUUUGAUAUAUACAUGUCCAUGUUUUUGUGCUUCCUCUAAGUCUUUCUUUGGGAGAUCACUCUACAGCUUCAGUUUGUUUCUUUCUUUGUUCCACACAAUUUUAUAUAUUCAAAUCUUAGUUUGUUUGUUCUCACACUUUCAGAGAGGCUUUAAGACUUGUGCUUCAGAUUCAAUAUCAUGGCAGAGUUGGUUGCUGGGGCAUUUCUUUCUUCGUCCGUUCAAGUGAUUUUGGAGAAGUUGGCUUCAUUCAGAGACUACUUUGGUGGUAAUAAUUUUGAUGAGCUGGUGGAAGAAUUUGAAAUUAAACUCAAUUCUAUCAAACAUGUCUUGGAAAGAGCAGAGAUAAAGCAGUACCAAAGCACACGUGUGAAGACGUGGUUUGAUAAACUUAAACAUGCUGUUUAUGAGGCAGACCAAACUUUGGAUGAGAUUGCUACCGAUGCAAUGUUGAAAAAGAUGAAAGCCGAAUCUGAACCUUUUACCACUAAAGUAUCCGUCAUGUGGUCAUCUAUAACUUCAAAUCCAUUUGAAUCUAGGAUCAAUGAACAAAUGGACAAACUAGAAUCACUUUUGAAUGAAACAAAAUGGUUGGGAUUGGAAGAUGGUCCUUGUGCUAGUAAAGAAGGCUUAGUCAGUUGGAAACCUUCAAAAACAUUGUCAACUACAGCUCUUGUCGAUGAGUCAACCAUAUAUGUUAGAGAAGUUCAGAAGGAAGAACUUAUCAAACUUUUACUUGAAGGCAAUGACAGUGGCAACAAAGUUCCAAUAAUCAGCAUAGUUGGUUUAGGAGGGAUGGGGAAAACCACCCUUGCUAAGCUUGUGUGCAAUGACAAGAAGAUAAAGGAGCAUUUUCAACUUCAAGCGUGGGUCUAUGUUUCAGAAUCUUUUGAUGUUGUUGGACUCACCAAAGCAAUUCUCGAAUCAUUUAAGUUUCCAGCAAAUGGUGAAAACUUGAGUCUACUUCAACAACAACUUCAGCACGAACUAACGGGAAAGAAAUACUUGCUUGUUUUAGAUGAUAUCUGGAACGUGAAUGCUACCUGUUGGGAGGACUUGAUACUUCCUUUUAAUCAUGGAUCUUCUGGAAGUAAGAUUAUUGUGACAACACGUGACAAGGGGGUCGCAAAUGUCCUGAAUUCAAAGUUAUUUGAUUUACAACAAUUGGACAAAAGUGAUUGUUGGAGAUUAUUUGAGACACUUGCAUUUCAUGGCAGGAAUGUGCGCGAUACAAAUCUUGAAUCAAUUGGCAAGAAAAUAGUGGAAAAGUGUGGAGGGUUGCCUUUAGCUGUAAAAACACUGGGCCAACUCUUGCGAAGAAAAUUCUCUGUAUCUGAAUGGACUAAGAUAUUGGAGACUGAUAUGUGGCGAUUAUCAGAUGAGGACAACAACAUUAACCCAGUGCUGAGAUUGAGUUAUCAUAAUCUCCCUUCCAAUCAUCAUAUGCGUUGUUUUGCUUAUUGUUCUAUAAUUCCCAAAGGUUAUGUGUUUGGCAAAGGUGAAUUAAUCGGUUAUUGGAUGGCAGAAGGUUUGCUGAAGUGUUGCGAAGCAUACAACAGUGAAGAAGAGUUUGGUAGUGAAAUUUUCACCGAUCUGGAGUCAAUUUCAUUUUUCCAGAAAUCAUUGUAUGAUGUUGAAUUUGUCAUGCAUGAUCUUGUCAAUGAUUUAGCAAAAUCAGUGUCAGGAGAAUUUUGUAAGAAAAUAGAUAGUGCUUGGGUGGAAGGUAACCUUAAAAGGACACGUCACAUUUGGUGGUCUCUUGAAUUAAAUUGUGUUGAUAAAUUACUAGAGCCAAUAUGUGAAGUUAAGGGACUACGAAGUCUAAUACUAAAAGGAGACUAUGUUAUGUUGAUAAGCAACAAUGUGCAACGUGAUCUGUUUUCAAGACUGACAUGUUUGCGGAUGUUAUCAUUUAGAGAUUGUGGUCUGUCAGAGCUAGUUGAUGAGAUAGGCAAUUUAAAACUUUUGCGAUUCCUAGAGCUUGAUGAGGAAAAGAUUACAAGCCUACCUGAUACCAUAUGUGCUUUGUACAAUUUGCAAACCCUCUUGUUGGAAAGGUGUGAUGAAUUGACAGAGCUCCCUUCAAAUUUUUCCAAGCUCAUCAAUUUACGUCAUCUUGAACUUCCUUUUGGUUUAAAGAAGAUGCCAAAGAAUAUAGGAAAGCUAAACAAUCUUCACACAUUGAAUUAUUUUAUUGUGGAAGAGCAGAACGGAUCUGGUAUUAAAGAAUUGGAAAAUAUGAACAAUCUUCAUGGAACAAUUAAAUUUACAGGCUUGGGUAAUGUCAUUGAUCAUGUAGAUGCUGCAAAAGCCAAUUUGAAAGAUAAGAAGUAUUUAGAAGAAUUACAUAUGGUGUUUGAUGGCGGAAGAGAAGAAAUGGAUGACUCAAUAGUUGAAAGCACUGUGUCUGUGUUGGAGGCUCUUGAACCAAAUAGCAACUUGAAGAAACUCAACAUUGAAAACUACAAUGGCAAAAACUUUCCAAAUUGGCUAAGGGAUUGUCAUUUACCCAACUUAGUAUCUCUUAAAUUGGAGAGAUGUAGAUUAUGUUCGCAGUUGCCGCCAUUUGGUCAGCUUCCUUGUCUCAAGUAUCUUUCCAUUUCACAUUGUGAUGGAAUAAAGAUCAUCGGCGAAGAGUUUUACGACAGUAAUUCAACAAGUCUUUCGUUCAGGUCCCUUGAAGUUUUGGAAUUUUAUGGGAUGGACAAUUGGGAGGAAUGGCUAUGUCUUGAAGGUUCUCCUUUGCUUAAAGAGCUUUAUAUAAGAGAAUGUCCAGAAUUGAAAAGGAUUUCACCUCAGCACUUUCCUUCUUUACAAAAAUUGGUGAUACAUGAAUGCAACAAGCUGGAGGAAUGGCUAUGUCUUGAAGGAUCUCCUUUGCUUAAAGAGCUUUUUAUAAGUAAAUGUCCAGAAUUGAAAAGGAUUCCGCCUCAACACCUUCCUUCUUUACAAAAAUUGAAGAUAAGUGAUUGCAACAAGUUGGAGGAAUGUUUAUGUCUUGAAGGAUCUCCUUUGCUUAAAGAGCUUUUUAUAAGUAAAUGUCCAGAAUUGAAAAGGAUUCCGCCUCAACACUUUCCUUCUUUACAACAAUUGUACAUUUAUGAUUGCAACAAGUUGGAGGAAUGUUUAUGUCUUGAAGGAUCUCCUUUACUUGAAAAUGUUUCUUUAAAAAAUUGUUCCAAAUUGAAAAGGGUCCCACUGCCUCAACACUUUCCUUCUUUACAAACAUUGAAGAUUUGUGAUUGUGAAAUGCUGGAAGCAUCAAUUCCCAAGGGUGAUAGUAUGAUAGAGUUGGUUCUACAGAGAUGUCAUCGGAUUUUGGUAAAUGGUGGAUUGUCGUCUAGGUUGAAAGAGUUUGUCCUUGAAGGAAAUCGGUAUACCGAGUUCUCCUAUGAGCAAAAUUUAGUAAACUGUACCAUUCUUGAAGAGUUGGAGUUUGAUUUCAGAGGCUUUGUAAAACGUCCCUCUUUAGAUCUGCGUUGCUAUAAUUCUCUUCGUAAACUUGAAAUAACAGGAUGUGACUCCUCCUUCUUGCCUUUUUCACUACAUCUGUUCACCAAUCUUCAAUUUCUCACGUUGUACGAUUGUCCACAGCUGGAAUCAUUUCCAAUUGGAGGUUUGCCUUCCAACUUGAGUUCACUUUCAAUAUCCAAUUGCCCAAAACUGAUUGGUUCGAGAGAGGAGUGGGGUUUGUUCCAACUCAAUUCUUUGAAUAAAUUCACAAUUACCGAUGAGUUUGAAAAUGUGGAGUCCUUCCCAGAGGAGAAUCUGCUGCCACCAACUCUUACGUGGCUUCUAUUGAUGAAUUGUUCAAAGCUAAGAAUAAUGAACAACAAGGGUUUUCUCCACCUCAAUUCUCUCGAAUAUCUAACUAUUUACAACUGCCCUAGUCUUGAGAGCUUGCCAGAGGAGGGUCUUCUCAACCUUAAUGUGUUGUUCAUUGAGAAAUGUCCAUUAAUUUGGGAGAAGUACAAAAAGGAGGGAGGAGAGCGUUGGCAUACAAUUCGUCACAUCCCGAAUGUGUGGAUUGACUCCAUUGAGCAGCACAGAUGAGAUGUGGCCCCAGAAUUAAAGCAGGAAGACAGCUUGGAUCAACCAAUUACCAGGGUGCUGAAAAGAAAAGAGGCAGAAGAAUAGGAGGAAAAUCUCAGUAGAUGAUGAUGAUGAAGAAACUACAAUUUCAAAGAGGGCAAAGAUCAAGAUUUGAUUCAAAGGAACCAUGUUUGUCAGCUAUUGUUGAGCAUCGCUCAAAGGAACCUGCUAAGUGGGCAGGGUCAAUUGAGCUCAUAUUCCUUGUACCAAGCCCAAACGUUUUAUGUGGAGUAGGAGUGGUGACUGGAGGUUUGGUUUAGGUGUGAUGUUGUAAAUACAAAGGAACUGCAGCUGCUCUGCAGUCGGAGACGUAAGCAAUAUUGGCUGAACUUCGUUAUCAAACAUUGUGCGUUCAUUAUCUGCUUUUAUUGUUUCUUUAAUCUUUAGUUUUUGGAACCGGUUUGUUGUUGUAACAUACUUAUCAGCAACACACCAUGUUAACAUUGGUAGGGGAGCCAAUGUAAACGGUCACAUUAAACUCAAAUUCUUUUCUUCUCUCUAUUUUUCUGUAAUUCUGUUGUUGUAAUCAGUCGCUAUUCAGUAAUAAAAAUCCUUUUUCAGUUUCAAUUCUUAUAAACUAUGUCUUCUGAAAACCAGUUUCACUUCCUGUUUCUUAUAAACUUCAACAACAUGCUACUACAUCUAAUAUGCUUGUGUAAACAAAAUGGUCUUGACAGAAAUUAUAUAACACAUCUUUAGUUUUCUUUAA